AUGGCCGUCUCCAGCCCCCUUUUUCUCGGUCUCGACUUGUCAACCCAGCAGCUCAAGGCAGUGAUCAUAAAAAGCGACACAACGAUUGUGAAUGAAACCGCUGUUCAUUUCGACAACGAUCUUCCUCACUACCAGACGACUAGCGGAACGUACCAUGGACCUGGCGAAGGAGAGGUUACCUCGCCUGUAGCAAUGUGGUUGGAGGCUAUCGACCUGCUCUUCGAGCGGUUGAAGAAAGCAGGAGUUGCCCUAUCUGACGUGGUCGCUAUUUCUGGUGCCGGACAACAACAUGGUUCUGUUUUUUGGUCGGCCAAGGCAGCAGAAUUGCUGUCGACCCUCGAUAGCAACAAAACCCUACGGGAGCAACUCUUCCCCGAAGCAUUCUCCCUCGAACGAUCCCCGAUCUGGCAAGAUCAUUCAACGGAGGAGGAUUGCAAACUCUUGGAAGAGGCGAUUGGUGGACCACAGGCUCUCGCAGAUCUCAGUGGUAGCAGAGCCUACGAAAGGUUUACUGGGACCCAGAUCUCCAAGGUCAGGAGAUUGAAGCCAGACGUUUAUGAUGCGACCGCCAGAAUAUCGCUUGUUUCGUCUUUCAUCGCGUCUGUCUUCCUUGGACAAUACGCACCCAUUGAGGUGUCUGACGCCAGUGGAAUGAAUCUGAUGGACAUUCUGUCCUGUAAAUGGGACGAUCGUUUGUUGGCUAUUUGCGGAGGACCUCAAUUGAGGGAGAAAUUAGGUCCUGAACCAGUCAUCGGAGGAACUAACCUUGGAACUGUCAGCAACUGGUGGGUCAAACGAUGGGGUCUGAAUCCAGAAUGCAUUGUUGCUCCCAUUACUGGCGACAACCCGGCCACGAUCAUGUCACUUUCGGCUCCCGGAGAUGCUGUCCUAUCUCUCGGAACUUCCACCACCUUCCUUUUGUCGAUCCCACCUGCUGAUACACCACCGAAGAGAUUCACCACUUCUCACCUUCUCGCUCACCCUACCACUACCAAUGGCCAGAUCGCGAUGCUCUGCUACAAGAACGGGGCACUCGCAAGAGAGAAUAUUCGGAACAAGUACGCCAAGGGCGAUUGGGCAGAAUUCAACAAGCUAGUCGAAUCGACUGCGCCAGGCUGUUCCGGUCAUAUGGCGCUUUACUUCCCCCUACCCGAAAUCAUUCCUCCUGGUGUGCAAGGCGAACAUUGCUUCUCCAUCUCUGAAUCGAAGGCAGUCAAGACUGUUGAGAAUAUCCCUGACCAAGCUCAUUGUCGCGCCAUCUUGGAGUCCCAGUUCCUCUCGAUCAGAUCCAGGAUUGCAGCUAUGCUCCCUCCCGAUGCACCUCACCUGCGACGUUUGGUCAUUUCGGGUGGUUCUUCCGCCAACCCCGUCAUCCGCCAAAUCGCAGCUGACAUAUUCGGAAUGGACGUCUAUGUUUCCUCCACGAAGGAGGCCGCGGCGAUGGGAGGUGCUUUGCUUGCAAAAUAUUCGUGGUGGAGAGCCCAAAAGAAUUCUGGGACGUUUGAAGACAUGACCGGUGGAGAACCUGCAGGUACCACGCGGGUGGCCACGGUCCGCGGAGAAGUAAGCAAGAUCUAUGACGGUCUUGUGGACGUCUACACCCGCUGCGAAGAGGAGGUUGUCCGGCGUGGAAUCGCCGCAUAG